AUGUCUACCACAAUUGCAAUCGCUGGCGGCACCGGCAACAUUGGCAAAGCCAUCAGCGACGCCAUAGUCGCUGCGGCAAAGUACAAAGUCAUUGUGCUUGCUCGUGAGGUAGAGACAAUUUAUCACCGAUCAUUAAAUCUAUUCAUCGCCAAUCUUUUUCUGACGAAUACCGCCCCCAUGGUCAUCAAGGUCGACUACGAUGAUAUCAAUGCAGUAACCAACAUACUGGAGAAACACAAUGUCCAUACAGUGAUUUCUACCAUCAGCGUUAUAACGCCUGAGUCUGGAGCGGCUGAACGCAAUCUCAUAAAGUCAGCUGCGAAGGCAGCAUCAACGAAACGGUUUAUUCAGAAUGACUGGGGUGUACUCGCACCUUCGGAGAACAGCCUACAGUUGCCACAACAUCAGGUACGUCUCGCCUCGAUGGAGCAGCUCCGCCAAACGGAUCUUGAAUGGACACGAUUCCACGUAGGCUAUUUCCUCGACUACUAUGGGAUGCCGCACAUAGAGACUUAUCUUCCGGCGCCAUUCGCUUUUGUCUUUGAUAUUCCCAACAAAAUGGCAGCUAUUCCAGGCACAGGCAAUGAUUUGAUCUCGUUUACAUAUACGCGAGAUGUAGCCAAAUUCGUUGUUAAGGCACUCGAUUUGCCCAAAUGGGAAGAAGAAACGUUUUGUUACGGUGAUAAAGUGACAUGGAAUCAGGUUUUGAAGCUGGCUGAAGAAGCAACCGGAUCCAAGUUCAAUGUUAUCUACGAGGACGUGGAGAAGCUUGAGAAGGGUGAGGUCACUGAACUGCCAUCUCAUGCCACGGCGUACGCAUUUUUCCCAAAGCCACUUCUGCAGACUUAUUUCUCCAAAUUUGGCUUAUACAUUAUUGCCGGCUUAUUUGAUAUGCCAGCGGACAAAUCUCUCAACAAGAUAUUUCCAGAGGUCAAAACAACCACGGUGAAGGAAGUUCUGGAUCUCUGGAAGGGAAAAUAG